AAGUUAACACACUUAAGUCUUAAUCAUUGAACUCUCUAGACACUAACUAGUGUACAUUGAGUUGCCACACCAAUUCUUGUUUUAGGAAAAGGAGAAACCUCUCAGAUAUAGUUAUGGGAAGAAGUUGUGAUCUUCUCUUCGCUCUUGCAGUUUUCGUUCUGAUAAUUUUUGGCCAUACAUCUUUGUCUACUGUUCCAAAUAUUAGUACAGAUGAAGCUGCUCUUCUUGCCUUGAAAUCUCACAUUUCUUUUAGUUCUAACAACAUCUUAGCAACCAACUGGUCUUCUUCCAGUCCUGUUUGCACCUGGAUUGGAAUCACUUGCAACUCUCGCCAUCAUCGAGUCACAACUUUAGACAUUUCUAGCAUGCAACUUCAUGGUACCAUUCCUCCACACCUUGGAAACCUCUCAUUUCUCGUUUCCAUUAUAAUCGACAACAACACUUUCCAUGGAGAGUUGCCAAAAGAGUUGAAACUGAUCUCAGUCAGAAGAAAUAACUUUACUGGUGCCAUUCCAACAUUUCUAAGUUUGUUACCAGAACUUCGCAUUGUGCAUCUUUCGAGCAACCAAUUUUUCGGGGAAAUCCCAUCUUCCCUUUCCAACAUAACACAGCUGCAAGUGUUGGAUAUGUCCAAAAAUUUUCUCAAAGGAGAGAUCCCUCAAGAACUCGGUGAUCUUCAUCACAUGACUUUGUUCAAUCUGGAAAAUAACCAGCUUACUGGCUCUAUACCACCAUCAAUCUUUAACAUUACAACAAUGAAAAAGAUUGGUCUCACCUACAAUAAUCUUACGGGUAAGCUUCCAGCAACUAUAUGUGACCAUCUUCCAAACUUGGAAGAGCUUCACCUCUCAGCCAAUUACAUACAUGGCGUUAUUCCACCAAACAUAGGAAAAUGCGGAAAGCUCCAAAUCUUGUCAUUAUCUAGAAAUGAGCUCACUGGAACUGUACCAACAGAGAUAGGCAAUUUAACGGAACUUACAAGCUUAUACCUUGGAACUCUGCAUCUGGAAGGAGAGAUUCCAGCAAGCAUUUCUAACAUGUCAGAACUGCAGAACCUAGGAUUUGCAAGAAACAGGCUUUCAGGAGAGAUACCAAUGGAACUAGGUUAUCUUCAGAAACUACUGUUUCUGUCAUUAGACACAAAUGAGUUGACUGGUUCUAUCCCUGCAAGCAUUUUUAACAUGUCAGCACUGCAGAUCUUAGGAAUUGCAGAAAACAGGCUUUCAGGUACUCUACCAUCAGAUUUAGGUCGUGGAAUGCCUGACCUAGACGGAUUCUAUUGUUAUCAGAAUACUUUGAGUGGUUUGCUCCCUGCUUCUAUCUCAAAUGCUUCAAGACUCAGAGUUCUUGAACUCUCAUAUAACAGUUUCACAGGCCCAAUUCCUGAAUCAGUUAGUGACUUAGAAAACAUUGAGGUCUUGAACUUGGGGGCGAAUAAUUUUGUCAGCAAUUUAGCAUUGAGCUUCUUGACAUCUUUGACAAACUGUAGGAAACUGAAAGAAAUCACUUUUGCGGAGAAUCCCUUGGACGGUUUUUUGCCUGCCUCCAUUGGGAAUUUGUCUGAUUCUCUGCAAAUUUUCCAAGGAUGGUAUUGUAAACUGAAAGGAUUCAUUCCUGGAGAAAUUGGCAAUCUUACAGGUAUGAUAAAGAUGGAUUUGUCACAAAAUGAGUUGAUAGGACAUAUUCCAAAAACCAUCCAAGGCUUGAAAAAACUUCAAGAACUUAGCUUAGGGGGCAACAAGAUAAAAGGAACCAUACCAGAUGUUAUGUGCAAUUUAUAUGAUCUUGGAGCAUUAGAUUUGUCAGAAAAUCUAGCUUCUGGUUCCAUACCGCCGUGCUUAGGGAACAUUACCAGUUUGAGGUAUCUUUAUCUAUCUAACAAUAGACUGAAUUGGACCUUACCUUCAAGCUUGUGGAGUCUUCAAGAUCUCAUAGAAUUCAAUAUUUCGUCCAAUUUAUUAAGUGGGGAAAUUCCUUUGGAGAUUGGAAAUUUAAAAGUUGUGACGCUCGUUGAUCUGUCAAAAAAUGAUUUUAGUGGUAAGAUUCCUAACACACUAGGGGGUCUGGAUAGAAUGCUUAGUCUUUCUCUAGCACAUAAUAAAUUAGAUGGGCCUAUUCCAGAUUCAUUUGGCAAAAUGCUGGCCUUAGAAUUCUUGGAUUUGACCAAUAACAAUCUUAGUGGUGAAAUUCCAAAGUCAUUAGAAGCUCUCGUGUAUGUCAAAUACUUGAACUUCUCAUUUAAUGAACUCAGUGGAGCGAUUCCCACUGGUGGUCCUUUUGCAAACGCCACAGGUCAAUCUUUCUUGUCCAAUUAUGGACUCUGUGGUGAUUCUAAGUUUCGUGUUUCACCAUGCGUCAUCAAAUCUCCCAAGAGGUCAAAGAGAAAAAAGAUAAUCUUGGUUUUGUACAUCCUUUUGGGAGUGGGUAUGCUAUUUCUCUCAUUAGCCCUCACAUAUGUAUUUUUAAGAUGGAGAAAGAUAAAGAAGAAUGUAGAUCAAGCAGAUGUCUUUCUGCUAAAAGGGAAACAUGAAAGAAUUUCUUACUAUGAACUUGAACAAGCAACAGAAGGAUUCGAUGAAAGCAACUUGCUUGGUAGCGGGAGUUUCAGCAAGGUUUUCAAAGGGAUACUUAAGGAUGGAACUCUUUUAGCAGCAAAGGUAUUCAAUGUGCAAUUGGAGGGUGCAUUCAAAAGCUUUGAUACAGAAUGUGAGAUGUUGCGCAACCUCCGCCAUCGAAAUCUUACAAAAGUGAUCACCAGCUGCUCCAACCCUGACUUCAAAGCCUUGGUAUUAGAAUACAUGCCGAAUGGAACACUUGACAAAUGGCUAUACAAUCACAACUUUUUCUUAGACAUGUUGCAGAGAUUAAGUAUAAUGAUAGAUGUUGCAUCCGCAAUAGACUAUCUCCACAAUGGCUAUUCAACACCUGUGGUGCAUUGUGACUUGAAGCCAAGCAACGUGUUGCUAGAUAACGAAAUGGUUGGUCAUGUUAGCGACUUUGGCAUUGCAAAAUUGUUAGGUGCAGGGGAGGAUUUUGUUCAAACAAGGACAAUAGCAACCAUUGGAUAUAUUGCUCCAGAAUAUGGACAAGACGGAAUAGUCUCCACCAGCUGUGAUGUUUAUAGUUUUGGCAUCGUGAUAAUGGAGAUGUUCACAAGAAGGCGACCAAGUGAUGAAAUAUUUACCGGAGAAAUGAAUAUACGAUGUUGGAUUAAUGAUUCUUUUCCGAGUGGUAUUCAUAAGGUGGUGGAUUCCAAUUUGAUACGGCCAGGGAAUGAACAAAUCGAUGCAAAGAUGCAGUGUUUUUCAUCUAUCAUGAAAUUAGCUUUGAGUUGCACUGUAGUGACACCUGAUGCAAGAAUUAGCAUGGAAGAUGCUCUUUCAACACUCAAAAAGAUCAGACUCCAGUUUUUCAAUAGUCUCCGCUAGGUAGAAUUAGUCCGUUGUGUUUUAUUGAGUGUGAAAAAUUAAGGUGAAAGUUGAGGUAAUCAGCCAGCUAAGCUACUUAUUCUCGAAUGUUUUAUUGAGUGUGAAAAGUUAAAAUAGAUAUUUCUCGUUGACAUCCAUUUAUUACAGAACUGAGUUAACUAUGACAUUGUUAUCAGAUCAAUUUGGCAAUGCACAUGACAUGAAAAAUCACAUUAACGCCA